UCGGAAACAAGCGCAAGCCCGCAAGCCAGCUACGUUCAUGGAUGCAACCUUUGCGUUUGUCACGCUACACCGAAUUAACUAAAGGAAUAAUCGUAUCAGUCGCUAACUAGCGUCACGCAACCCACGCGCGAUAUACACCGUGUAAAUUGUUUUCUUGAAAGAUUUCGAUGGAACGUGCAAAGAAUUUGGUUAUGUGUUCGAUCUUUGAAAAAACAGCAGUGGCGCUGCUUGUAUCGCAACGCAAGUACAAUUAAAAUCAAUGUAACAGUUCAGUGUUUCGGCACGGAAUUUUCUUCGUUGCACUUUUCAACGCGUUUGCUUGGACGAGAAAUGUCGAACGGUAUGACCGUGUUAAACAAUGAUAAGGAGACCACCAACGAGACAAACUGCAACGCGGAGGAAAUACAGGAGGGACACUUGACCGGGAUGGAACAAGCGAAUCCAAGGACCACGCAGAAGAGACCUGCCGAAUCGGAUCCCGAAGGUACCAUCAGUCCCAAAAAACGUCACAAGAACCCACAGCCCAAGAACGCGGUAUGCGCUUUGAACGAAUUAAAAACUGGCGCUGUAUACAAAGUUGUCGACCAAACUGGUCCGACUCAUGCUCCGAUAUUCACGAUAGCUGUGCAAAUAGAUGGACAAACUUACGAAGGCAAAGGUCGAACCAAAAAGAUGGCUAAACAUGCCGCAGCUGAACUCGCUCUGAGGAAUAUUAUCCAAUUCAGAAAUACGCCAGAAGUUCAUCAGGCAAUCAACACUUGCCAACUUUCGUUGCCUCUCGAACCAGACUUUACCAGUGACGUUACGGAACGUGAUAAUCACCUUGUUAAUGCAUUCAAAACGUUAACUCAAGAACCGAAAAGCACAAAUAAAUUUUUAGAGAAAGGCCCUGUGGCGCUUAUUAACGAAUUGUACCCUGGUGUUGUAUAUAAGUGUUUGUCCGACAAUGGUGAAAGUUACGCAAAAUUCACAAUAUCGGUGACUAUCGACGGAGAAACAUUCGAGGGAACCGGUCCGAGUAAAAAAUUAGCGAAAGCUGCUGCGAGUAAAGCAGCUUUGGCUAAGCUAAGAAACGUUCACAGUUCUUCCUUUUGCAUUCCACUUCCCGUUCGCGUACUACCAAACUUUUCCAAUAGCGGACAUUGGCAAGACCAGAUGCAACUGCCCCAAAUGUUAGCCGAUAAAAUUGGGAAAAUGGUGAAUCAGAAAUUUAGCGAACUUAUUCAAUCUAAGCCGCAGCACGCUCGACGUAAGGUUCUAGCUGGUAUCGUUCAAACCAAAGGUUCAGAAGCCGAACUAAUAUGCGUAACAACCGGUACGAAAUGUGUAUCCGGAGAACAUUUAAGCGUCAGCGGUGGUGCUCUGAACGAUUGUCACGCAGAAGUGGUCGCGCGAAGAUGUUUGUGCGAGUACUUGUACAAACAACUGGAACUUUACGCAGAAACUCGAGCCGCUGAUUCUAUUCUAGAACCCGCUGUAAAAGGAUUCAGGCUCAGACAAGGCAUUCAAUUUCAUUUAUACAUAAAUACCGCUCCGUGCGGUGAUGCUAGAAUUUUUUCGCCUCACGAAGAAAACGAGUCUGUCGACAAGCAUCCCAAUCGAAGAGCGAGAGGUCAAUUGAGAACUAAAAUCGAAUCCGGAGAAGGGACGAUCCCCGUGAAAAGCAGCGAGGGUAUCCAAACAUGGGACGGUGUUCUUAUGGGCCAAAGACUGCUGACGAUGUCGUGUUCGGACAAAAUAGCUCGGUGGAACGUACUUGGUGUGCAAGGUGCACUUCUAAGCCACUUCAUCGAGCCAAUUUACUUCCACAGCAUCGUUCUUGGCAGUCUAUUGAACCCAAGUCACAUGUACAGAGCGGUUUGUGGACGUAUCGAAAACACGAUUCAAGGUCUACCGCCACCGUACAGACUUAACAAGCCGCUAAUGAGUCUCAUCACAUCCUCGGAAGUUAGACAACCUGGAAAGGCGCCUAACUAUAGCGUUAAUUGGACAAUCGGUCAAACGGAGGCUGAAGUAAUCAACUGUACCACGGGAAAAGAUGAAUUGGGUAAACCGUCCAGAAUAUCGAAGCAAGGACUCUUCAGAAGAUUUUACAAUUUGCUAGGUAAACUCGGUACGAUAGACGACGCUGAUAAGAAUCGGUGCCGUCAUUAUUUGGACGCGAAAUCUUCGGUGCAAAAUUACUCGCUUGCUAAGCACCAAUUGAAGGAGGCUUUCGUAAAGGCGCGCCUUGGCAGUUGGGUUAAAAAACCGAUCGAACAAGAUAUGUUUGAGGUAGAUAUCUGACUAAAUCAGACUACCGAUCAAAUCUCGACUCAGGAUAUGGAGAUUCGGAUGACAGAUUAUGUAGUUCCUACUGCAAACUAGAUCGCUCGAUCAGGGUGGCACAGUAUGGCAGAAUACGGCAUCAGUAAAGCAUAAAUCGUAGGAUCUCGUGCGCGUUUUUCUUCGGUUUUCCGUUCUGCGACAGGUUCAGAGUACAUAAUAGACACGAGCUUCGCAAACGGGCUGUCACGUUCUCGAGCCGUCGAAGGUUUUACGAUUCCAACAGUUGCUCAGUUUUAACAUAGGGUAACCAAGUGACACGUUUCGAUACUUGGAAUUUUAAUCUUAAUCGUUAUAGCGUAACGUCAAUUUCGACAGUUUUUAGAGACUGAUAGUAAACACGAAUCGCAUCGAAACGACGCGACGGUUUCGUUUCGCAGAAGGAGAGAGGUUGUACGAAGCGAUUGGGAAAUUUACGUCAUCUUAUCGUAUCCGAGACCCGUUUUUACGAAAGGACGAUUCAGCACAUAUCCGUACGUCAGUCUUCUUGUUAUCGGGAAAUUUUCUUCUAACGGGUAUUUUAACGUGAAACGAUGAACGACUUUGGGCUACUUUGAGUCGCUUAUACACAACAAGAAACGAAAGGGUCGUAAACUGAAAAACAUCUCGAGAUUUUACUCGUGCCUGCAGUAUUUUUCCUUAGACGUUAGACGUUAAACGUUAGAUAUAUAUGUAUAUAUAUCAGUGAUAUAUAUAUGUGUGUCAUAUAUAUGUCAGUGAUAAUACAAGCAUCGCGUUACAUCCUGGAAGGCUGUGACCGAGUAUAGAAAAUCAUCGACGUGCAGAUUUUCAUGUGCUUUGUUGAAGAAUUCGCCGAAACGGAACAGAAAUCGAGACAAGUUUCUUGUUGACUACGGCGAAUUUUUUCUUGUCCCCGUUAUAAUUUCCAACGUAGAGCGUGUUUCGGGAAAAGGGUUUAAAACUUUUUGGUAGAGUUAAUUCGUUCCGCGGUAUAUAGUUCGUAAUCGUACGAACAAUGCGCCGACCACGAUAGAUUUGUCGUUGCUUGUAUCUCGAUACAAGUGUUUGUUUUGAAAUGUGUAUGUUUAUCAAGUUAACGUUUAGUGAGUACCAUAUCGCUUGCUUCGGUUUACUGUACAAACUCUGAACGUUUUGUAACCUUCUUUUUGAAACGCCUUGUAUACCUAUUCGAGUUGUUUCUUACGGGGCUAGAGAAAUUUUCUUGUUAGUUUUAAUUUUCUUUUUUUACGUGUAUAUAUAUAUAGUAAUUACAUAUAGUAAUUGUUGACAAAGAAAUGGUCGACAGUUGAGUGUUAUCGCCAUUGGGUUUUCAUAGAGAGUAAUCGAGAAAGAGAGAGAUGCGUGAGUAACGAAUGUUGGCAGUAGAUAUACGAAUGGAUUAUACGAGUCAAUAAGUAAACGUUUAAGUACAUUACGAUAAAUAGUUUAGAGAAUCCUAAGAUGAUUGCCUCACUGUGCCAGUAUUAUAUACAUAUACAUAUACAUAUGUUACUAAUGCAAUUCUGCCGUAGUGACACACUGCCCGGUGUCGGUCCAGUUUUGCGUGAGAAACUUGACCGCUAUGCACGAAAUGAAUUUCGUUCGAAAAGUAUUAUACACGCAUUUAGCGGAAGCGAUCGCUUUUGCACGUGAUGCGUAAGUCGAAAAAUGUGAUUACGUUGAGUUAAUACAUACACCGGGCGUUAUUUACUUACGUUUAUUUGUUUUACGCGAUGGUCCAAAGAGUACGAAAAUAUUUGUGCCAAUGGAAGUAAUGCCAAUGAUUUAACCUUCGGAUCUAUCGAUAGCCGUUUGCGCGGUAGAUACAGGGUCUAGUCAGACCCAUAAUAAAAUUUCAUUGAAAUUUCAAAUACGUUGUUAGCUCGAGCAUUGUAUCGUCCUGUAUACUGAAAAUGAGAAGGGUUAAGAAAGCGCGGGAGCAGAGAAUGAUGGAAAAAAGAAACGACUGGUGUGCACGAAUGGACCCGGUAUUUGCCAAGCGAAGGUCAACCGACCGCGACGGUUCGCUUAUUUUUUCCGAGCCUACGAUGAAAGUUUGCUUUAAUUUAUCCUCAAAUGUCAUUACCAAUCGAUUUUUGUUCUCGAGCUUUGGUAACGAACAAACGAGUCUUUUAACGAUGACAUUUAUGCCAUGAUCGCCUUUUUAUCGCUUGCUUUUUGCCUUUCACAUAUAUUACACAUAUUAAUUCUAUCUCUGCAAACACACCAAAGUUACGUACAUUGUAUUUACCAACUUUCCAAUGAUAACGAACGUUUGAGAAAUAACUUGACGAUAAGUAAUAAUAGUAGUAAUAAUAAUAAUAAUAAUAAUAAUAAUAAUAAUAACAACAACAACAACAACUUGACAAUUAUUUUUCACGUUACGGUAAUAUUUUGCCGCCGUGCCUGGAACUAGGCGCGCAUUUGAAUGAUUAAUACAUAUAUGUAGAUAUACAUAUACGGUAAGCAAACGAGAGAAACAGAUCGUCAGUAGUGUACGCGUUAGGACAAGUAACAGACUUGAAUACGCGUGCUUUGAUUUCUUUUUUCACACCGUUCAAUCAAUCUAGCGAAUUCGGAACGAAAUCAGUAUUUUAGUUUUUUAGAAUAUAACGUUCUCAUUAAGUAGAAAGCAAAGGAACGAGAGAUACUGGUGUUUUUUUUUUUUUUUUUAAAUUCUUCCUUAAAUCUUGUCGUAAUUUUGAACAUGUUCACUGUGGUGGUAUUUUUCGCCAACUAUUAUAUUCGAUACACAGAUCUAUGAGAUUUACGGAAAUGUAAACUUUUCACUUUACAUUUGAAAAUUUCGAUAUAGAUGAUAGAAAAAUGAUCGAGAUAUCUUGUUAACAUACGACAAAGGUUGAACCAAGUAAUUGAAGAACGAUAUACGAUACAAUGCCGUGCCGCAGUGAACGUGUUAACAAUCAUGUCGCGUACACAUUUUCUAUAUAUAUUCAUACGUAUAUAAUAUAUCAUAUGAUACACACCGAUUGGUACCGAUAGUAAAACCACUUAAUGGUCAGUGAUCAAAACUUGGAGUGAGUAUACUUAAGGUACGACGUUUAGUUGUAGUCAAAGCGAUUAAUUAAGGUACAACGUUAUUUCUAGUCCAAACGAUUAAUUAAGGUACGAAGUUAGUUGUCGAUUUCGACGUAACAUCACUUUCGAUUUUUCCUCCGAUUUUACACGGAGAAACAUAAUACUAGAACAUUGAGUAUAAUUACGAACUUCGUAGUCAGCUAGUAUUUAAGCUUGACUAGUGCCUCUAGCUGUAACUAUGUCCAAAAGAAUAAGUAAAAUCGAUGAACAAAAGUAUAACGGAUAAUAAACAUUUAUUUACCAAAUGCCGAUCUUUGUCUUGAAAUCGUUCUUAUCGAAUUUUAACACCUUUUACCUGCCAACGCAUUCGAGUAGAUGUAGAUGUACGCUGCAACGCGGUUGUUUGUCUAAUUAUAUGUACGUGUAAUUUUUAAACGAAAAAUAAAUCGGGUACUUUCUAUAUUAAAAUAAUCUAGGGUUAAUUUGCGUACACUAUACAUACAUGUUUCAAAAUCCUAUUGUGUUUAUUUCUUUUUAUGGAGUAUUGCAUAAACUAGUUAUAAACUUAACGGAAUUAUUAAAGUGUGUGUGUGUGUGUGUGUGUGUGUGUGUGUGUGUGUGUGUGUGUGAAGGGGAACGAGGUAAAAGUAAAGAAAAUUACUAUAAAAUUACAUUUUCUCAAUGAAAUUGUCCAGAAAAAGUAAUUCGCAUGCCGAUCGAUGAAUAACAAUAUCGAUAGCAACUUGCAUGUGUUGAGUUAGUAUGCGAAAGGAAAAGAAUUAUAGGAAGCGAUAGGAAGAAAAAUGCUUUUUUUUUAACUGUAUAUUAAUGAAGUAUACCGUUACUGUAUAUUAUCUUCCCUCUGAUAAUUAUCUAUUGAUAGCAUUGUACCUAUAGUACAGCUAUAUCGUUAUCGCGCUUCGCACAUGAAUCCUUCGACACACCUAUCCACGAAUACACUGAAAUUUGUUCGUCGAUACGUAGCUUGGACGACUGAAUUCUGUUCAAAACUACGUUUACUUCAGUCUUGUAAAAUCGUACUAAAAACGCAGCUCGCGCGCUCGCGUGUGUGUGUAUGUGUAUUUAUGCGUAAAAUGAAACCAUUGUCAUGGAUCGUAGAGCACCAUGACAAGGAUUUUGCGUGUUCAUCGCCGGAAAGAUUUAUCGUUUAUUCAACUCUGUAGCUAUCCGAUCUCGCAUUGACUCUUUAUCAAGAAUCGUUAUCGGUCGUUUUACCGACGCGACGAUCCCACCAAGCGACACGAAGCGACCACGUGCAAAGCACGUUCUUCUUCGAGUGUAACAUCGAUUUCUUGAUUUUUUUGUUAUUAAACUUAAUUUCUAUAUGAUAUGUAUCGAGUUUGCUGAAUGUCUGUGGUCGUGCGUUUUUCACACGUGUCCUCUUCGAUUAUCGAGUAUAUCAGGAAACGCGUAGAUCUGGGUGAAAGGUAUACCGUUUGGAAAGAAUGUCAUCCGAACUAAUGAAACUUUAAGUAAAAUUAAAUUCCACGGUAUGGUCUUUUCUCGUUCUGGUCGGUUCUCGAUCAGUUCCGGCCGAACUGCUGAUUAUUUCGCAGCUGCUACGUUACGAAUGUUACAAUUCAAUGGCGACGUUCGAUUCUACCAUGU